GUUCGGCCAGCAGGUGUCGCUGCGGGCUAUGGAGAAACAGUGGAGAAGAGACUGGGCCUGGCCUGGGAAUUUACUGUUCGCUUCCCAUUCUUCCUAUGCAGACAGAGACACAACAUGGCGGACUAGAAUAGUCGGCCGACGAGCCCGGAUACAGCGGAUAAACCGUGGGAUUUAACGCCGAGGAAGGCCAAGAAAGUACGAUACGAUAGGGCGAGUAAAGGAUUUUUUCGUGGAUUGCCGACCUUUUCUUGGAUUUAGCAGACAAACUGACCGCGAAGUGUUGGCUGUGUGUCCCAGAUCGUGCUUCCCUCCUCUGCUAUCACCCAGGUCCCCCCACCCCGCUCACACUCUCGGUUCCUGGGGUGUGGAGACAGGGACCGGGGUUGAAAAACGUGGAAGAUAAAGACAGGAUAAAUCCCUGCUUGGUAUCCCCCCCCACCCCCCUCCUUCCCCGGGUUUCCACUGGGUACUACAGGAGUUGUGGACCACGCUGUGCGAAUGAGUGAUUGAUGCCAACUUCGCUUCUUCAGGGCAGAAUGGGUGUGUGUGUCCUGCUCCUGCUGCUCGGUUUAGCCCUCGGGGCCUCAGCCCAGGAUCAUGCCCCCAUCACAAACCCUCCAAAUGUCACUGCCAAGCCUACACACCCCCCCGCCGCACCCUCCCUCAAUUUUACAGUCGCACGCACACAAGCGCCCACAGGCCCACCCACGACGCUCGCCCCCACAGUCAUCCCGAUGACGACAAUGACAACAACAACUACAACCACAAGCCCAGCUGGUGAGGAGGAUGUACAACUGGCAGGUCCCAAUGCCACCAAGCGGUUGUUACCAGUCCCCCCACCGCCACCUCCAACCGAUGCCCCUCAGGCACCACGGAGCACCGAGCUUCCUCCUGCUCCCACCCCGGCAGGAGGAGACAGCAGGACCACAGCUUUUGCUCCAGGCACCCCGACUCCAGAGACUUACAUUGAUGAAGAUACAGUCACUGUGGAGACAGAGACCACCACAGAACCUGGGAUUGACUUCACCUCAGACACCAGCCCACAUGACAACAACCAGUCUGAUGACAUGCCAAUCAUCGCAGUCAUGGUGGCCUUGUCUUCUCUGCUUGUCAUCAUUUUUAUCAUCAUCAUCCUCUACAUGCUCAGGUUCAAAAAGUACAAGCAGGCGGGAAGCCAUUCAAACUCCUUCAGGCUGACCAAUGGUAGAUCAGAUGACGCAGAAUUCCAGACUGUCCCGCUAUUGGCCCGUUCACCCAGCACAAACAGGAAGUACCCGCCGCUUCCCGUCGACAAGCUCGAGGAAGAAAUGAACCGCCGCAUGGCUGAUGACAACAAGCUCUUCAGGGAGGAGUUUAAUGCACUGCCUGUCUGUCCCAUCCAGGCAUCAUGUGAUGCUGCAUCCAAGGAAGAAAAUAAAGAAAAGAACAGAUAUGUCAACAUCCUGCCAUACGAUCACUCCAGGGUUCAUCUGUCACCUCUGGAGGGAGUCCCCGACUCUGACUUCAUCAACGCUUCCUUUAUAAAUGGUUUCCAAGACAAGAAUAAGUUUAUUGCAGCUCAAGGGCCAAAGGAGGAAACUGUAAAUGACUUCUGGCGGAUGAUCUGGGAGCGGAACACAGUCACUAUUGUCAUGGUGACCAAUCUGAAGGAGAGAAAAGAGUGCAAGUGUGCCCAGUACUGGCCGGACCAGGGCUGUUGGACAUAUGGGAACAUACGUGUGUCUGUAGAAGACACAAUGGUUUUGGUGGACUACACCAUCCGCAAGUUUUGCAUCCAACAGGUGGGAGACAUGUCCGGGAAGAAGCCUCAGAGGCUCGUCACCCAGUUCCACUUCACCAGCUGGCCGGACUUCGGGGUGCCCUUCACCCCUAUUGGGAUGCUGAAGUUCCUCAAGAAAGUCAAGAAUUACAACCCCUUUUAUGCUGGGCCCAUUGUGGUCCAUUGUAGUGCGGGGGUGGGGAGGACAGGUACCUUCAUCGUGAUCGAUGCCAUGUUGGACAUGAUGAUAGCAGAGAGGAGGGUGGACGUGUUUGGCUUUGUCACCAGGAUCAGAGCCCAGCGUUGUCAGAUGGUCCAGACUGAUAUGCAGUACGUAUUCAUCUUCCAGGCAUUGUUAGAGCACUACCUGUAUGGAGACACAGAGUUGGAGGUGACCUCACUGGAGUCCCACCUGGCCAAACUUUACGCCCCCUCACCUGGAGCUGGCUGCAGUGGUUUGGAGGCUGAAUUCAAGAAAUUGACAUCCAUCAAGAUUCAGAAUGACAAAAUGAGAACGGGCAACUUGCCUGCCAACAUGAAGAAGAACAGAGUCCUUCAGAUCAUUCCAUAUGAGUUCAACAGAGUGAUCAUUCCAGUCAAACGAGGAGAGGAGAACACCGACUACGUCAAUGCCUCUUUCAUCGAUGGCUACCGUCAGAAGGACUCGUACAUAGCGAGCCAGGGUCCCCUGCAGCACACCAUAGAGGACUUCUGGAGGAUGAUCUGGGAGUGGAGGAGCUGCUCCAUAGUCAUGCUCACCGAGCUAGAAGAGAGAGGGCAGGAAAAGUGUGCUCAGUACUGGCCCAGUGAUGGAACAGUGGUCUAUGGGGAUAUCUCCAUUGAGAUUAAAAGGGAGGAGGAGAGUGAGAGCUACACAGUACGUGACCUCCUCGUCACCAACAACAGGGAGAACAAGGCUCGAGCCGUGCGUCAGUUCCAUUUCCACGGCUGGCCAGAGGUGGGCAUCCCCACUGACGGUAAGGGCAUGAUCAACAUAAUCGCUGCGGUACAGAAACAACAGCAGCAGUCUGGCAACCACCCCAUCACGGUGCACUGCAGUGCUGGUGCCGGCCGGACGGGGACUUUCUGUGCAUUGAGUACAGUCCUGGAGAGGGUGAAAGCAGAGGGUAUCCUGGAUGUCUUCCAGACAGUCAAGAGCCUGAGACUGCAGAGACCCCACAUGGUGCAGACACUGGAGCAGUACGAGUUCUGCUACAAAGUGGUCCAGGAGUAUAUUGAUGCCUUUUCCGACUACGCCAACUUCAAGUAGGGACCUGCCAUGGAUGGAUGAAUGGAUGGAUGGCCAGAACACGCACACACACACACACACACACACACACACACACACACAUAUUACCAUGCAGAAAGCUCCAUAGUCCCAUCUGAUGGAUUUCUUUUUUCUUUAAAAAAAAAAAAAAGAGACUCAUCAAACAACUUGACCUGUGGAUGGGAUCAACUGCCCAGACGAAAAGGGAACGGAGGCCUUGGCCCAAAGGACAGGGCAGUGCAGUCGGACAGAUAAAAUAACUGAGAUGCCUUCUUGAAUAUUUUUUGUAAUAUUGGUCUUGUUAAUAUAGUCCUUCACCCCCAACCCUGCCCCUCCCCCAUAUGUAUAUAUACUUACUGUGUUGCAUCUUAUUACUUUGAUUUCAGACACAGUUUUGAGUUUGGCUGCAUUUUCGGGUGGCACCUGUAAUGUAUUUUAUUAGUAUAUAUAUAUAUUAUAUAAAUAUAUAUGAAUAUAAAUCUUUGGAGACUCAUGUAAAAACAACAAAAAAAAAUCCAGAGUCCAGUUACGAUGUUUGGAUUUGUUUCUUUCUUCUUUUUUUUUACUUUUUAGGGACAGAGGAUUAACACGUUUUUGGCUUUGCUAGGGCCGCGCCGUAGCAACAUGUGUGGUAGCAGAAUCCUUGCAGACAAAACAAUAAUACUAGACAUUCAUGCAGCACACACACCACGAGCACAGCCAUUUAGUUCCAUCUGUGGGGCCAAUUACUAAAUCUCUCCCCUUUGAGUCUCACGUUUGGAGAUCAGAUUCUCUGUGAUGUAGCUCAUAGGCUCAGGUUGACACGUGCACGCACACACAUAAACAUACACGCUAAGUUCCAGGAGCCAUUCAUAUUUUUGUGCAUCUGUUUGUGUAUGUGUGUGUGUGUGUGUUUGUAAGAAGUGGAGCAUAAGCUGGCAGAGAAGACGGUGUGUUUUCACAUCACUGUGUGUUGUCCAAAGAGUGCCAAAGUCCUUCACUCAUUUGGUUAUGCAGCUCUGGAGCCUGAGACUCUGCGAAUCAUGUUUAGAUACUCACUACAAGAAAGCAUUUCUGUUUCACUGUUUCAUUUUCUGCGGCCAACACAUUUCUUGAACCAGAUCAUUUUUAUUUACCAUAUACAGAAAUUUAAGGAGAAUUGGUCAAACUUGAAUCUAAAAUCUUUUUGAUUUUAUUUUAACAUCUGUUAUGAGAUAAACAUGCUGUGGAUGUUGAAUACAUUGACAAGCUAAAUCACAAACAACACAGGUUACUCCAUUAUUACAUCAUAGAAACCCAGCAUAUUUUGUUUGUUUACAGACACGUCAGUAUUUCUUGUGGAUUUUAUUGAGCAUUUCUGUAUGUGUUUCCUUCAAGUCUGCCUGAAUUAACUGUCAUGUCAUUUCAUAUAUAUAUAUUUUUUAUAUCAGCCUCACAUCACUCCGCUGUACUGUCACUCCUUUAAAGAAUGAUGCCCUUUUAUUUCCCACCACGAACACUGAUGCAGAAGAAUGUUUUUUAUUCGAAUGCUGUUGCUAACAUACUCCUCAAAAUGGAUGCGUUGUUACUUUAAUAGUGGAGGUGUGCCAUGCAAUGUUUGCUAUGAUUUUUUUUUUUUUAACGACUGCAGCUCAGACUUGAACUAGUGUUUUAUGGGGUUUUUUUGUUUUGUUUUGUUUUUGUUUUUUACUUUUACGUCGGUCCAAAUUUCUGAAAUGACUGAUACCAGGAUUGUUUAAAUGUACAGACUUAACAAAUUCAGCUUGAGUUCAUCUCCAUUGAAAAGCUUUUAACUCCCACCAGAGGACUAUUGAGAGCUUCACCUGCAUUUUAACAGAUUUUACCGUGAUAUUGGAAAUUUUUAGGUUGUUUCCAAGUUUUAAAUCUUUUUUGUUUUUAAUUUUAAAACGGCCCCAAACUUGUACAUUAUUUACAUCACGCUAAUACCUUAUACUAACACUGUCACAUGUUAUUACUUUUAUUAAAAGAAGGAGCACAAUCAAAUAUAAUUUAUUGAUAGUAGACAUCAUUAAAAGAACAUGCUGAACAUUCAGGAAGGGUGAUUGUGUCAAUGUUUAUUGUUCGAACACUCAUGCACUAUUUGCACCAAAAGCAAAGCCCUUAAAAAUACAGAACCAAAUAAGAGAUGAGGUCAGAAUGAUAAUAUGGCCUUUGAUAUUGGCAUAUGUUAACUGUAUCUGAACUCUUGAGAAACUCUUUCGGGUCUGAAAAGCCUUCUGUAAGGUCCCUGUAGUGACCUAAAGUAGCAGAUAUUUUAAUUGACCACUCACUGAAACUUUUCCAGCAUCAUUAUCAUCAUUUCAGGUCUUCUUUUGUUCCAAAGCAUCACAAAGUGCCCGCACUCUUAUUUAGGUGCCAUUGUGUUCUUCGUGUAUUUACUUCAUCACUUAUUGGGUCUUUAAUCAAUAGAAGGGGGUAGUUUUUUUAUUUUGCUGUUCUGUCUUUGUUUUUACGAUGACAUGGGUUUAUUGUGUGUGUUUGGAUCAUGUGACCACUUUGUCUCAUUGCAGUUUGACAGCAAAACACGACACUGUGCCAACCCACGAGACCCACUAUUUUGCUAUUAAAGUGAAUUUUAAAAAGUGCCUCACUGGACGGUUUUCAAAAAGAAACUUAAAUUACCCAACUUAACAUGCAGCAUGUGAUGGAACCUUUGCGUUUUCCCCAACUCACUAGUAUUUACUGAAUGAUCACAAAUGGGCCGAUGACAACCCUCUUCAAUCAACGGGGCCAAAACCAAGACUGGGUCGGCCAUCUGUCCUUUCACAUUCCCUCUAGUCGUGUGUAAUAGAUUCCUUGAUUUUGCAGAUCAAAAUGAUCAUUGAGGUCACUUUUUAAUUAAAUUCCAUCUUUGGAUUUAAUGGCUUCAUUUCAUUCCAUAUCACUUAAAUGUGGGAUCCGUGACAAUUAAUCAUGGGUACCCGAAUCUUCAACCAAAAUUCAUACAUUCAUACAUUAAAUGCAGUUGCAUCUCUGACUCAUUGUUACCAAGGGAAACGAGGUGUCGCUGUUUGACAUUGCUUUGUACCUGAAGCUUCGCCCUAAUGGGGCAUUUUGAAUGCCCCAGAGAAUCAAAAAGUACAUCUUCAUUAUGAGAUUGUUCAACUGGUGGAAGACUAGUGUCCAACUUUGCUCUCUUUCUCGCCAUCUUUGUAUGUCCCUUGUGUCUCCUUUCGUACUCCAGUCACUGCUGGCCACUUACAUCUUCCUUUCCCUCUUUCGCUUUGUCCUUUGGGACAUUUUUUCCCAGUAGUCACUGCCCACUCUUCUUUUGUACAUAAUGUAAGGUUAUUUAUAUUUUAUUCCUGUCUGCUACCUUUCUUUAUUUUAUCCCCCCCUUUUCUUUCUUCUUCUUUUUAAAAGAUGUAUAUUGAACUGUAUCGGGACCAUUUUGAAAUGUAUUAGAGAUGUUUUGUUUUUGGCCAUUUUUAAUUUGGUAUAAUUGUCUUAAGCAAAUUCUAUUUUUUAAUUUGCCUAUGUUUGUCUCUAGUGUUUUGUUAUUCAACAUUUGAAUAUAUGUAUAUAUAAUUAUAUAUAUGAUGAAAUUAUAUAUAAUUAUAUAAUGCCAAAUGGCCUUUCUAAGCAAGAUACUGUUCAAACCUAAUAAAGUGCUUGAGAUUUUA